AGGAGUCCUCUUCCAAUGCAGGUCGGAUGGCGGAUACAGGAACCUCCCACGGUCUCCUCCGUGUUUGAAAACCUGGCUGGCUCUCUUCAGUCGCAGAACACCACGUUGCCCCUUCUUUCUCCUCCGCCCCUGCUGACUUCUCCUCCACCUGCUCCCCGUCAUCCUUUCCCCUCCCUCCCUUCCACACCUCCUCCCCCUCCCUUUGAAACCACCCCCUUCCCCAUCUCCCUUUCUUUCAGAAAGGAACGCUUGGCUUUUAUGAAUUAUUCAAGAUUCCUCCUCUCCCGGUGGAAGCCGGCAAGGCGGUGGUUCUCUCGCUUCUCCCGCCUUGAAAGGAGCAUCUUUGCCGGAGAACUUGGAGGCGAGUUCGGAUCCGGAUCCCGGGCUGCCCUGCUGUCUCCGCCUGCGCUUCCUUCUUGCCUUUGCCUUCUCCGGGAUUGGAGGCGCGGAGAAGAGUCUCUGCCCAAGUUGAGCCACAGCAUCGUCUGGAUCGGACGGAGGAAUCGCCCCGACCGCCCUCAGCUAGCCAAUCAGUCGGAGAGUCAGCCCAUCAGUUCACCAGCUAAGCAGUCAGCCACUCAGUCAACCAGGUAGUCAGUCAGUCAAACAAGAAAGAGUCAGCCCAUCAGUUCACCAGCUAAGCAGUCAGCCACAGUCCACUUAGGUAGUCAGUUAGUCAAACAAGGAGCGAGCGAGGCAGAGAGGCAAUGAGCCAGUUAUAUAGUUAGGUAGUCAAGUCCAUCCCUCAGCCAGCCAGAGAGCCAGUCUGCCAGCUAACUAGUCAGUCAUUCAGUCAGGCAUUCAAGCAGCUUUGCCAUUCGGAGAGCCGAAGCGGGGCAAAAGUGCGGCGGAGACAGGAGUGGAUCGGAGGAAGAGUCUCUCUCUGUCUCUGUCUCUCUCGCAGAAGGCGGAGGCGUCGCUUCUUCAACUCCAGAGGAAGCUUUUGCCUUCGGAAGCCGCGCUGUUUCGAGGGAGCUGUCCUUGGUGCUGAUCCCCGGGAGCUCUCCCUGGUCCUGAAACUCUCCAACUCGCACUUUGUGGAGGCGGCGUUCGCCGGGGCUGGUCUGGAUGGAGCCCCCGCUCCUCGGAAGGAGCGCGUUGGGGCUUUGAGGAGGAUCCCGGCGGGGCGGCAUCGGUUCUCGCUCUCUCCAUCUCUUCUUCCUCCUCCUCCUUCGGGGGCAUCCAGGCGCCGGGUCGGGGGCGCCGGGGGUCAUGCUUCCCGCCCGCCCGGGGGGUCGCCACAGCCUCCAGGGCCCCCUCCGGCCCUCCCCCGGCGCGCAGGCCCAAGCCCCCCGGCGGCACCGGCAGCAGCAGCAGGAGCAGAAGCAGCGCCGGCCCCGGCGGAGGCCCCUCCCCAGCUGUGAGCGCCGCGUUGCCACAGCGGGGGCUUCGUGGGCCUUGGGGGCGCCACUACCAUGAACUGCCCCGCCCGCCCUCCCCCCGCGACUCCUCGGCACCGGGCGCCCGAGACCCCCCUGCGAGACCCCCCUCGCCGCCGCCGCCGCCGCCGCCCCCCGCCCCGCCCCGAACGCCUCUGGCGCCGGGGCCCCCAGCCCCAUGCCCAGGAUGCCGGGAGGCAAGAGGGGGCUCGUCGCCCCACAGAACACCUUCCUCGAGAACAUCGUCCGCCGCUCCAGCGAAUCAAGUUUUUUACUGGGCAACGCUCAAAUCGUGGACUGGCCUGUAGUGUAUAGUAAUGACGGAUUUUGUAAACUGUCUGGGUACCACAGAGCGGACGUCAUGCAGAAAAGUAGCACAUGCAGUUUUAUGUAUGGGGAACUCACAGACAAGAAGACCAUUGAAAAAGUCAGACAGACAUUUGACAACUACGAGUCAAAUUGCUUUGAAGUACUCUUGUACAAGAAAAACAGAACACCUGUUUGGUUUUACAUGCAAAUUGCACCGAUACGAAAUGAGCAUGACAAAGUGGUGUUGUUCCUGUGCACUUUUAAAGACAUCACUUUAUUCAAGCAACCUAUUGAAGAUGAGUCAACCAAAGGCUGGACAAAAUUUGCUCGAUUGACACGUGCUUUGACGAACAGCCGGAGCGUUCUGCAGCAGCUGACUCCUAUGAACAAAGCUGAGGUUGUCCAUAAACACUCACGUUUAGCUGAAGUCCUCCAACUGGGUUCUGAUAUUCUUCCACAAUACAAGCAAGAAGCCCCAAAGACUCCACCACAUAUAAUUUUACACUAUUGUGCUUUUAAAACCACCUGGGAUUGGGUCAUCUUGAUUCUCACCUUCUACACAGCCAUCAUGGUUCCUUACAACGUCUCCUUCAAAACAAAGCAGAACAACAUUGCUUGGUUAGUCCUGGACAGUGUGGUGGAUGUCAUCUUCCUGGUGGACAUAGUUCUGAACUUUCACACCACCUUUGUGGGACCUGGUGGAGAAGUCAUAUCUGAUCCCAAACUCAUCAGGAUGAACUACCUGAAAACCUGGUUCGUGAUAGACCUCUUGUCCUGUUUACCUUACGAUAUCAUCAAUGCCUUUGAGAAUGUGGAUGAGGGGAUCAGCAGCCUCUUCAGUUCCUUGAAAGUGGUGCGCCUUCUGCGAUUGGGGCGUGUUGCCCGAAAGUUGGACCAUUAUCUGGAAUACGGUGCCGCUGUGCUGGUGCUCUUGGUCUGCGUCUUUGGACUGGUGGCCCACUGGCUGGCUUGUAUAUGGUACAGCAUCGGGGACUACGAGGUUAUUGAUGAACUCACAAAUACUCUCAAAAAGGACAGCUGGCUUUGCCAGUUGGCAGAGAGUAUUGGAACACCGUAUCGGUACAACACUACAGGAAGAGGACAGUGGGAAGGAGGACCCAGUAAAGACUCGCUUUAUAUAACUUCGCUCUACUUUACCAUGACAAGCCUUACGACGAUAGGAUUUGGAAACAUAGCUCCAACCACUGACGGAGAGAAGAUCUUUUCAGUGGCCAUGAUGAUGGUUGGCUCUCUUCUUUAUGCAACCAUUUUUGGAAAUGUCACCACCAUUUUCCAACAAAUGUAUGCCAACACCAACCGCUACCACGAGAUGCUGAAUAAUGUGAGAGAUUUCUUGAAGUUGUAUCAAGUUCCCAAAGGCCUUAGCGAACGAGUCAUGGAUUAUAUUGUCUCCACGUGGUCCAUGUCCAAAGGAAUCGAUACAGAGAAGGUUCUUUCAAUUUGCCCCAAGGACAUGAGAGCAGAUAUCUGUGUGCAUCUCAACCGGAAAGUCUUUAACGAACACCCAGCUUUUCGACUAGCGAGUGAUGGCUGCCUGCGAGCCCUUGCCGUUGAGUUCCAGACAAUCCACUGCGCUCCUGGAGACCUCAUCUACCAUGCCGGGGAGAGCGUUGAUGCCCUCUGCUUUGUUGUCUCAGGAUCCUUGGAAGUUAUUCAGGAUGACGAAGUGGUUGCUAUAUUGGGCAAAGGUGACGUGUUUGGAGACAUCUUCUGGAAGGAAACCACCUUGGCCCAUGCAUGCGCGAAUGUGCGGGCACUGACUUACUGCGAUUUGCACAUUAUCAAGCGGGAGGCCUUGUUGAAAGUUCUGGACUUUUAUACUGCUUUUGCAAACUCCUUCUCAAGGAAUCUCACACUAACCUGCAAUCUACGAAAACGGAUCAUCUUCCGAAAAAUCAGUGAUGUCAAAAAGGAAGAGGAAGAACGCCUGAGGCAGAAGAAUGAAGUGACCUUGAGCAUCCCAGUGGACCAUCCCGUAAGGAAACUCUUCCAGAAAUUCAAGCAGCAGAAGGAGAUGCGGAACCAAGGCACAGCCAUCAUUGACCCGGAGAGAAACACCCUCCAGGUCGAGACCCGGAAUAUGCAGAACGGUGCCGCCAUCACCGGCACGAGCGUGGUCACUGUGUCUCAGAUCACACCCAUCCAGACAUCCCUGUCCUACGUGAAAACCAAUGAGGUCCUAAAACAGAACAACCAGGAGGCCCUGGAGCUGAAGCCCAACACCAGCGAGGAGCCAAAAGGCCUCAAAGUGACCAGCCCAGUGAGGGUGAAAAACGGGAAUGGGAAAGGAUGGCUUCGGCUGAAGAACACUAUGGUGAGCCAGGAAGAGAAGAAGGAAGAGUGGAAUAAUGUCACCAAGGCAGAGUCCAUGGGGUUGUUGUCUGAUGACCCCAAGAGUACUGACUCAGAGAAUGGAGGAAUUAAAAACCCGCUAAGGAAAACGGACUCGUGUGACAGUGGAAUUACUAAAAGUGACCUUCGUUUGGACAAAGCUGGUGAGAACCGCAGCCCUUUGGAACACAGCCCUAUUCAAGCGGAUGCAAAACACCCCUUUUACCCCAUUCCUGAACAGGCCUUACAAACUACCCUCCAGGAGGUCAAACAUGAACUCAAGGAAGAUAUUCAGCUGCUAAGCAGCAGGAUGGCUGUCUUGGAGAAGCAGGUGGCUGAGAUUUUAAAAAUACUGUCUGAAAAAACCCCAACGCAGACUCCUUCUCCAAAAUCCCAUUUAUCUCCUCAGCUACCACCCCAAAUACCUUGCCAGGACAUUUUUAGUGUCUCGAGGCCAGAGUCACCAGAGUCGGAGAAAGAGGAGAUCCACUUUUAAUAUACACCUGUUUCUCUUUGUAUACUCAAGGUAUACUGUGAAAUGGGCAUGCACACAGAGACAUACACAGACACACAGACACGCAUAUCUCGCAUACCUAUAGACAUGCCUAUAUAUGUGUCUAUGUGUAUGUGUAUAUAUAGAAUAAAUUAUAUAGAUAUAUAUAAAAACAUAUAUAUUUUCACUUGCAUUCGGUAUGACUUGAACACACAAAAAUGGAUUUUGAUAUGUAAAUACUGCAUGUCCAGCUGGAUUCUGGCCUGCCAAAGAAAACAGUUAUUAACAUAGAUAUUGCUUGUAUAAUAUGCAGUUGACUGCAUGCACACUUUCAAUUUAUUUAUAAUCUCUAUUAUAAAAUAAAAAGGAUGGAUUUUGUUUAAAAAAA